CUGCUCUUGAAUUGAAAUUAUAGAUUACAAGUUUAUUUUCUAACGCAACGUCGUUAUAAUCAUUCAAUUUGAUUCAUAUUGAUUUGUUUUUCAAUUCAGUCAUAGAUGUGACGAUGCCGUUAAACUGUUUUGGAAAAUUCAAAAUUGAAAACUGUGCUGAAAAAUCCGAUAAGUGUGCCCCGCCUAGAAAAAAAUUUGUAGGGAGUAUUUUUGGCCUGCACAUUUCCCUGGCUAAUGUGAUAAACUUAUUUAUAAGUGCUGUCGUAAUCACACUCAUAAUCCUCACGGAAUAUGGAAUCAUCCCAGGAAAAAAAGUAGGUUUCUACUGCGGUGAUCCAUUGUUUUCUCACAAAUAUACUGGAGAUACCGUAACUCUAGAAAUAUUGGGUAUAACGGCAGUUCUUUUGCCGGUUAUAAUGAUCCUGAUCACAGAAACGUUGAUCCAUCAGUCAUUCAAAAGAAUCAACAUCUUCACGGCAUAUUUGCUCCUUAGAGACUGUUUGGUUGGAACCGUCGCCGUUCUGUUCCUUACGUCUAUGGCAAAAGUGCUCCUAGGAGAACACAGACCGCAUUUUUUCUACGUUUGUGAACCAGAUACAGCAAGGAACUGCACUGAGGGAACUUUUGUGAAAAGUUUCACAUGCACAAGUACCAAACAUAGUUUUAAUGAAAUCGCAGAUUCUUCCUUAUCAUUUCCUUCAGGACAUGCGUCGAUUUCUUGGUUCAUAGGAAUGUUCACGUCGCUGCAGGAAAACCCAAAAAAACCUGCAGCACCACAUCAUCUGAAGAUCUUAAUUUGCCAAUGUCCUCUCUUUCGUAAACCCAAAUGUAGGAUGUCUCCAGAGGCUCCAAUAAAUUCAAGACAUCGCCAGAAUACUUAGUGACACGACUAUCGUCAAAUUAGAACCAGUCUGUUUGGUCUUUGACCAAUGCGUAAUAAUGGUCAGAAUCAACGCCAGAAUAACAUUGAACAAUGACAGCAUGGAGAUUAUAAUAGUGAUCUGCUUGAUUGAAGUGUUCAUCUAUUUCGAAUCUUCGUAAGAGUUUGAUGCUUCGUCAAAGGUUGAGUCAUGUUUGAAGAUCAUCAGUGUUAUUAUUAGAUUGACUGUUGCCUCAGGUAUACUUGUUUUCUUAUAAUAGUUAUAAUAGGGGAGCCCCAGCGGGGAUUUAAUAAAGCGCAGCAGAUUAAUAUACAGGGGGAUACCUUGUACCGGGUUAAGUACCUCUACCAAAUAUUAGCCCCAUAUAUAAGGCCGCCUGUGAGGGAUAAAGAAUCAGAUUA